GGCCGCGAUGGAGCCUCUAGUGCUCGGGCGGCUGCGGCGGCUCCUCCCCGCGGCCCCGCUGCCCGGCUGCGCCCCGCCGCCCUCCCGCGCCGCGCAGACGGGCGGCGCCGGGGCCCCGCGGCCGCGCUCCGACCUCUACGAGGUGCUGGGCGUCCCGUCCACGGCGACGGCGGCGCAGAUCAAGACGGCGUACUACGAGCAGUCGUUCCGGUACCACCCCGACCGCAACGCCGGCAGCGCGGCCGCGGCCGCGCGCUUCGCUGCCGUCAGCGAGGCCUACCGGGUGCUGGGCAGCGCCGCGCUGCGCCGCAAGUACGACCGCGGGCUGCUGAGCGCCGAGGAGCUGCGCCACGCACCCCGGCCCUCGGGCCGCGCCCCCGCCGCCGCGCCGCCGCCGCCCCGCGCCCCCGCCGCCCGCGCGGGGCCCGGCCCGCCGCCCUUCGACUUCGACGCCUUCUACCGAGCGCACUACGGGGAGCAGCUGCAGCGGGAGCAGCUGCUGCGGGCGCGGCGGGAGCAGCUGCGCCUCCGGCGGGAGGAGGCGGCGACACAGGGACGCCUUAGGGUGCUCUCGGACCUCUCGAUCGGGCUCGUCUUCUUCCUGGGUGUUGCCAUCCUCUACGGCCUCAAGUGACGGCCCCCGGCGCCCACCCGGCUCCACAGCGUCACCGGGGCUCGGCAGCGGGCCGGGGCUGUCCCUGUGUCUGUCACCCUGUGACAUUUCACCUGCCAGUGUGACCUUCAGGGACGGUGCGUGACCAGCAGGCUGCACGGGCUGUGACCUUGCCCCUCUGCCAGGGUGACCUUCAGACACACAGUGCCCCUGGCUGGCACGGGGUGUGACCUCUGGGUGCCCUCUGUGUGCUCAGCUCCACAGACAGGGCUGUGCUGUGCCUGUGACCUUGCGGAGGUGGUGCAGGAGCUCUGCCCCCUCAGCCAGUGCCAGCUGCAGACACAGUGCCUGACAAGUACACGCACUUCCUGGGCUCUGGGCUGGGAUGUGUCCCCUCCUUUGGCACAGCUCUAUGACCUCGGUGUGCCCCAGGUGCCCGUUGUGAGCCGCAGCAGAGAUUAAAGGCUGUCAGAG